AAAGGACACUUUUGACAUUAAAACUUCAAGUGCAGUUUGUUUGGUAGUCGAAAUUCUAAGUAAACUAUAAAAUUUAAAUGAUAAAAAAUACUUCCCCAAAGUUGUUACCUGUCAUAAAGUUAAAUGUGUCACAAUCGAUCGAAACUCAAAUAUAUACUUCCCGUAUGACGUUGUAAAAACCCUAUUAUUAUUAUCUAAUGGAUGUUCAAUAAACAUGCAGAUUGGUUCAUCUAUAAAAUGACUGAUCCUGACGAUUCACAUAUUUACGAAACUGUGUCGCAUAAUAAAAUGACGAAGAAAGAAAAGAAAGAAAAGAAGAAACAAGACGAAUCUCUGAUCCGAAAGCUAAGACAACAACGUGAUGAAUUGGAAGUUCAGCUUAGUUUAAAGCAAGACAUUCUUGAAAAAACUGACAAGAAGAAUUCCAAAUUGUUCGACGAAAACAAGCAAUUGAAAUAUGAUAUUAAGAUAUUAGAACUGGAUAAAGAUGAAGUCACAAGAAUAAAAGAACUUGGUGGUCAGCAAAACACAGACAAAAAACACAUAUCAUUAAACGACAGGAGUGAAUUGAUUGGUCAGAAAUGGGAAUCUCUUUAUCAACAUGAAUGGACUGCGGCUUAUGAAGAACUUUGUAGUAAAGACAAGGAAGGAAAAUGUCAUAAAGGACCAGAAAGACAUCUGAUGGAAAUAAUCGAGUGGUGUUACAAUAAAUGUUCAGAACUUGCCAGAUAUCAGACGGAGAAAAUACAGCCAUUGUUGUUGGAUAUCACUCAUCAUCUGUAUUUUCAACAAUCUUCAAAUAACAACAUUAAAGAUACUAAUGAGUGCGUGUCCAGUACCUUUGAAAACUUGAUUCGUCAUAUACGACGGUUUCAGUAUGACACAGACAUAGUUGAAAAUAUUAAACAGAAAUGCACAGACGAAUACAAAUUGCUACACAAAGAAGUUUUGAAAACAGAAUUGAAGUUUGUUACAAAUUGCUGUGAGCUCUGCUGGCUGAUGAGAUUAUCCGAUCCUCCAUUGGUUAUAGAAUAUAAAAAUUUGGAAGGAACUUCAUUUGAUGCAUCUAAGUUUACUAAAUAUAACUUUGUUGGCAAUAAAGUUGAACUAGUAGUGUGGCCUGCUUUACUCGUUCACGAAAAAGGCAUUUAUGUGAGAAAAGGCAUCGCAAGAACUUAUUCUGAAGUGGAAGAUAGUAUUUAUGACUUUCUCCCUAAAAUUCCAGCUGCAUUGCUCAACGGAGAAACUAAAAUUUUCAAAAAUUCCGAACACACAGAAGGUUCGCUGACUAACGUGGACAAAAUACAUUCAACGAAACCAUUACCAACACCAAAAAUAAAUGACUACAUGACAAUGAAAAAUACAGAAUGGCUUAGCCCAAGUGAUCCCUUUUCUAGAGAGGAAGCACCAACACCUAGCUGGGUACAUUCAAAUGAAAGAAGAAACCCAUUCGAUACACAUGAUAUGCCAAAUGAUCGCCGCCCUGACGAACCGAAACAAGACUUAUUUUCCAAUCUCUCUAGAAGUGCAGAAUAUAACGGGUCAGUUGAUGACCAUUUAAAUCUUCGAACAAAGUCUCCAAAUAAAAAACAUAAGCUGAAACCUCCAAAGGAUGGACAUUUUGUUUCUUAUCUGAAUAUCAGUAGUACAUUGUGACGUCUCCACUAUUUGGAUGUUCAAAUAUAAUGCAUUUGUUUGCUUAUGUAUCUGCUACAUUCGAUGUAACUGCUUAGCGAUACUUAGACUAACUUGUAAACGUUAUUUAUUUUUUAUUUUAAAGUGCAAUAAACGACCCCAUUCCUCACCACAAGAAUAUGAACCUUUAUAUGAACUCAGUUUAUCUAUAUGGACGAGAUAUAACAAUGAUAGAAUUUUUAUCUGGUCCUCAAAUAUUCUUGACACAAAGAAGUUAACAAAACAGAGACAGUGUCAUUAUUUGUAGUAAAAAGAACGAAAU